AUGCAACUCAGCCUCAAGUUUAUCGCCGGUCUCGCAGCAACCGCAAGCUUUGCACUGGCCUCUGAAGGCACCGUUGUUGAACUCCAGCGCCGUGACUCGUUCGUUUCCUCGGAUGACGUGCUCAACAUCAAGUCCUUCUCUGCGCACCUCAACUUUGUAAACAGCAAGUACAAGACAGCACUCAAGAACUUCAAGAAAAAUACUGGCAAGGACCACCCUCUUUUAAGACUCAUUCUUGAUGCGCUGAAGCGUGACGGUACCGGUUCGGUUGACCUUGAGGAUGUGAACAGUGAGCAACUGUGGGCCGGCAAGAUGUCUUAUGGCGGACAGUCGUUCAACAUUGAUUUUGACACGGGCUCGUCGGACACCCUAGUGAACCCCGAGGCCUACCACCCGUCCAAGUCGCCAACUUCAAGGGACACGCACAAGACUUUUAAUGUUGCUUACGGUGAUGGUACCACUGCACGUGGUGACAUUUACACCGACAACCUUCAGAUUGCAGGCUUGCGUGCCAAGAACGUCGCUAUUGGCCGUUCCGUGACGCAGUUUAUCACUGGUAGCGAGGCACAGCGCAGCAAGGGUAUUGCUGGUCUUGCCUUCCGUUCCAUCGCAACCUUCCAAAACGAGCUUCCCUUCUUUGAUGCACUCAAGCAGCAAAAAGCUGUUGCCAGCGGCGUGUUCCAGUUUACCCUCAAGAGGGGCAGCGGCUCGCAGCUCAACCUUGGUGGCGUAAACGCAAAGCAGUUCAAGGGUAACCUCUCGUUUGUCGAUGUUGACCCUUCGCAAGGUUUCUGGGCUGCCGACGCCAAAGUCAACAACCGCAAAAUCACGGCUAUUGUGGACACUGGCUCUACCAUUAUUUCCGGUCCUAUGGACCAGGUCCGCGCCGUUGUGCAAGGUAUUCCCGGUCUGACUCCUUUCAGAAACGGCGGCGGUACGAUGUACGCAUACAACUGCAACAAGACUCCCAAGAUUGUUAUUAGCAUUGCCGGUCGCAACUUCCAGCUCGGUGCUAACGAGGCUCACUACGGCAAGCUUAGCAAUGGCCAGUGUGUCCUUUCGAUUCAGGGCCAGGAGAACAUGCCGUUGCAGGCAUGGAUUCUUGGUGACUCCUUCUUGCAGGUCGCAUCUGUCGUGUUUGACACUGACAAGAACCGCAUGGGCUUUGCUCCGCAAAACUAA